AUGUCACGGCAACAUGGCACUGGGUCAGGUCCGUCGUCCGCCACCGUCGUCCGUCCCUCUCCCGCUCGCUCUCACACGACUCCCUCAGGCCCGCGGUUUGAGCUGCCCAUGAGCCGUGGUCCUGCCCUCCCGCCCAUCCACCCGCCCGCCGACCCCGCCCCGCCCCGCUCCGAGGGGCGCACCCCGCGGGCCCUCGGUGUGCACUCGAUCCUGAAUCCGCCUCAGGCUGAAGCUCCCGAGGCCAAGGGCCAGAGACGCACCGCCGCCGAGAUGGAGUCGCCGUCUCCCGUCGAUCGAUUCCAAGGGCCGACGUCGAACCAGGGUGGCUAUUUCGGCGGCCACCACCACCACCACCACCACCACGCACACGACGCUUCACGCCGUCCGCAGUCGCAAGUCAUAACGGGCGACAGCUCUCAGAGACGCAUUCUGAGCCCCCGAUCGCCGCUGUUUCGCUCCCACAGCCUGAACCGGAUUCGUGCGCCGACCGGCACCAUCAGUGCCCAGGAAACGCCCUUCCUCUCGCCCAACUCCAGAGAGUACAUGGUCGAGCCCGGCUCUGCUCCCAAUCCGCCGUUGCCCACGCCUCCGGCAGCCCAGCGAGCGGGGCACAGCUUCCCGCCACCCCCGCCGGUGCCGACCCCGCCAAUCAACCCGGGCCACUCGCGACAGACCAGCGCCAACUUCUCGCAUCUCUCGCACUCGGCCAGCGCGAGCCCGAGCAUGGCGCCCUACGGGCCCGGGGCACUCAAUUCGCCCGCGCAGCCGCUCGGGGAGCUGCCUCGCCCAAGGUCGCCAGCGCCCUAUUCGCCCGUCUACCACGAGGCCGAGCACCGUCCUUUCGGCAUCCCGGUCGCGUCGACGGGCCAGAGCAACUACCAGCUCCUGACGCUGGAGACGAACCAGGGCCACGUCCAGAUCCCCGUCGACGUGCAGGCAGCGUCGAAGAUGGCCGACGAGAAGCGCAAGCGCAACGCGGGAGCGUCGGCGCGGUUCCGGGCGCGGCGCAAGGAGAAAGAGAAGGAGGCGUCGACGACGAUUUCGCGCUUGGAGCAGCAACUUCGCGACGCGACGGAAGACAUGGAGUUUUACCGGCGCGAGCGCGACUACCUCGCCCAGGUCGUGUACAACUCACCGGGCGGCGACCGGCACUUUCCUCGGCCGCCGUCGCCUCACCGACGCAGAGUGUCGCUGCAGACGUCGAGUGGCUCAGGCGCCUCGGCCGCCAGCACGCCUGGCGCCUACUCCAACUUCCCCUCGGACCAGCCAAGCCAACCGCAGCGCGUAGCCGAGACCGAACGCAACGUCCGUCGCCGCACUAGCAGCUACCUUCCGGCCCCGCAGGCCGCGCAGCAGCAGCCUUCGUCGAUGCCCUUCCCGCCGACCUCGUACCCGCCGCUCGUGGCCGCGUCUUCUGUCUCGGGCUCUCGCACGCCGCCCAUCCUGCAGCAGCCGCCGCCCCCGCCUCCGCCGCCCCACCAGCCAGGCUUUUCCAGCCCGUACGCCUUCGAGCGGCCUGACAGGAGCUGGCCUCCUACCUCUGCGCCCGGCCGCCCCGGGCCCUUGUAA